CUUGUGCCUUCCAAGGUCUAUAAAUUGAGUACCAGCCCCCUUCACUUUUCCUUCACUCAUCCACUUCACAUUGUCUCUCACACUGAAAUUCAACCUUCUCUGUCAAAGAAAAUGGCUCAAUUUGGUUUGCUGGUCUUGGUGGGGCUUCUUCUCACAAUGUUCUCCUCUGCCUAUGGCUAUGGCUAUGGUGGAGGCUGGGUUAAUGCGCACGCUACCUUCUAUGGAGGGAGUGAUGCAUCUGGAACAAUGGGUGGGGCUUGUGGGUAUGGGAACCUCUACAGCCAGGGUUAUGGAACAAACACUGCUGCUUUAAGCACUGCUUUGUUCAACAAUGGUCUGAGCUGUGGUUCAUGCUAUGAGAUAAGGUGUGUGAGUGACCACAGAUGGUGCCUUCCCGGUUCCAUUUUGGUCACUGCCACCAAUUUCUGCCCUCCAAAUAAUGCCUUACCCAACAAUGCAGGAGGGUGGUGCAACCCUCCCCUGCACCAUUUUGACCUCUCUCAACCUGUUUUUCUGCGCAUUGCACAAUACAAAGCAGGAAUCGUGCCUGUGUCCUAUAGAAGGGUGGCCUGCAGAAGAAGGGGUGGCAUAAGGUUCACAAUCAAUGGUCACUCCUACUUCAACCUGGUCCUGAUAACAAACGUAGGAGGUGCUGGGGAUGUGCAUGGUGUGGCCAUAAAAGGUUCAAGAACUGGGUGGAUGCCAAUGUCCAGGAACUGGGGUCAGAACUGGCAGAGCAACAACUAUCUCAAUGGCCAAAGCCUCUCCUUUAAGGUCACAGCUAGUGAUGGCCAGACAGUGGUGUCCUACAACGUUGCCCCUGCUGGGUGGUCCUUUGGACAAACAUACACUGGUGCUCAAUUCCGCUAGGGACCAUAAUCAUUCACCACUGCAAGUUCAAAUAUUUAGAUACACCACUAUAUAUAAAUAUAUGUUUCUAUAAUUUCUCAAUUUAAGUGUUAGUAUGACGACUCAACAGUAUACUAAGGUAUUAUAUAGUAUGCUACUUGGUGGAGGGGUGGGGUCAAUUGGUAUUAUUCUUGGGAUCAUAAAAUGGUUAAGGCUUAUUUUAAGCUGGCUCUUAAUCAUAAGGGGUUCCCCAUUCUUAGGGUCUUUUUUACUAUUGGGGUAUUUUUCAUUUUUGGAAGUAUUUUUCAACCUUUCUGCUGCUGAAAGCUAGCAGAGAUGGAGUUUUCAUAGUUUAUGUGACCUACUAAAUUGGAGGAGGUGGACUAUGUUGUACCACCCGCCGUUAGUAUUGCAAUUUUUACUUUUACUUUUGUUCACCGUUGUGAUUUUUAGAAACAUUGUUUGCUACUCAUAUGUUGUAAGCAACCUUGGCUGUAUCCAACUUUCUAAGUGUCUUAGUAUGUCUUUCUUUGUAUUCAACUUUCAAAGUGUAAAUUUCCCUAUUUCUACAAUAUGGAAUGUUGCUGUAAUUUACUAUCACAAGCUCCUUCUC